AUGGCCAAUCCAAAUCGUGAAAGUGUCAGUACUCGAUUUUCUGAUAACUAUGACCUAAAGGAAGAACUGGGAAAAGGAGCAUUUUCAAUUGUGCGUCGGGCUGUGCAAAAGUCUACUGGUUACGAAUUUGCGGCUAAAAUAAUUAACACCAAAAAGCUUUCAGCUAGAGACUUUCAGAAGUUGGAAAGAGAAGCCCGAAUUUGUCGUAAGCUCCAGCAUCCUAAUAUCGUAAGACUUCAUGAUUCUAUUCAAGAAGAACAUUUUCACUACCUUGUGUUCGACUUAGUUACGGGUGGUGAAUUAUUUGAAGAUAUUGUAGCCAGAGAAUUCUACUCUGAAGCUGAUGCAUCUCAUUGUAUACAACAAAUUCUUGAAUCUGUUCACCACUGUCAUCACAAUGGAGUGGUACAUAGAGACUUGAAACCAGAAAAUUUGUUGUUAGCAAGUAAAGCUAAGGGAGCUGCAGUGAAAUUGGCUGACUUCGGAUUAGCCAUUGAAGUACAAGGCGAUCAACAAGCAUGGUUUGGCUUUGCUGGAACUCCAGGUUACUUAUCACCUGAAGUACUUAAAAAGGAACCCUAUGGGAAACCCGUCGAUAUUUGGGCGUGCGGAGUAAUUCUGUAUAUUUUGCUGGUUGGAUAUCCUCCAUUUUGGGACGAAGAUCAACAUCGCCUUUAUGGGCAAAUUAAAGCCGGCGCUUAUGAUUAUCCAUCUCCAGAAUGGGAUACAGUAACACCCGAAGCUAAAAGUCUAAUAAAUCAAAUGUUAACCGUUAAUCCAAGCAAGAGAAUUACAGCUUCUGAGGCUCUGAAACACCCAUGGAUCUGCCACCGCGAACGUGUUGCUUCUGUUAUGCACAGGCAAGAAACCGUGGACUGCUUGAAGAAAUUCAAUGCACGACGCAAACUGAAAGGUGCAAUAUUGACUACUAUGCUUGCCACUCGCAACUUCUCUGGAAAAUCUAUGGUAAAUAAGAAAGGAGAUGGAUCGCAAGUCAAAGAGUCAACCGAUAGUAGUACGACGUUGGAGGAUGAUGAUCUGGAUAAAGAUAAGAAGGGUGUUGAUAGGGCAUGUACUGUAAUAUCAAAAGAACAUGACGAAGAAGCUUUAACAAAAGCAGACUCAUUCGGCAAAGCUCGAGGAGAUAGUAACGCCUCGUUACGCCGCGCAGAGGUAAUUAAGCUUACCGAAGUCCUCAUAGAUGCUAUUAAUAACGGGGACUGUGAAACUUAUUCCAAGUUAUGUGAUCCGAAUGUUACAUCAUUUGACCCAGAUGCACUAGGAAAUUUAGUGGAAGGAGUUGAAUUUCAUAAAUUCUUCAUUUACAACACUCCGACUCACGUAAAAACCAAUACGACCAUUCUUAACCCUAGAGUGCAUCUCCUUGGAGACGACGUAGCCGUUAUAGCAUAUGUAUGCGUAACGCAAAGUGUGGAUGCCGAGGGACGACGAGCUACCCACCAGUCACAAGAAACACGUAUCUGGCACAAACGCCACAACAAGUGGACAGCAAUACAUUUCCAUCGCUCCUAA